AUGCGGCAGUGCCGGGCCGCGGGGCUGGCGGGGCUGGCCGCGGUGCUCCUGGGUGCGCGGGGCUGCCGCCGGCGGGGCCGAACUGCGGGGGCACGGGGCGCCGGGGCCGCGCUCGCCUCUGGAUUCUUUCUUACAUCGUGCACAUCUCUCCUGUGCAUGAAAUUGCUGUGAGAGAAAAUGGAUUUUGUCAGUUUGCUGCUUCUUUUCUUCUCGGCAGCGGCUGUGAGCAGAGCCCAGGUGCAGCAGGAGCUGUCGGCAGAGACCAGCGAGGGCACCGGCAUUAACAUCACCUGCUCACACCCCAACAUAAAGACCGGCGAUUACAUCCACUGGUACCGCCAGCUCCCGGGCCGAGGACCCGCAUUCCUCCUCAGCGCCGUUAGAGGUUCCAAGGAGGCUCCCGACCUGCAAGGGCGGCUGUGGGUGUCGGCAGAUCGCCGCUCCAGCGCCCUGUGGCUCGCCCGGCCCCGGCGCGGCGACGCGGCCGUGUAUUACUGCGCCGUGGACCCACGGGGAGCGAAGCCGGGGCUGCGGCCGGGCACGAACCGUUUUGGGCGGGGCGGGGGCACAGUGCCGUCCGGGCCCGCAGGGGGCGCUGCCUGCAUGGCCGCCAAACUCCAUCCUGACCAGGGUGCACCUCCCUGAGUUCUCGAGAAAAAUGAGCACGGCACACACAGCAGCCAUUGACUGAAGCCAGUGAGUCAGGCGCAGCUGAGUCUUCGGCAGGACUGCACACCAUGUGAGUGUGGGGAACAGCAGGACUGACUGCAAGGGCUGUGUUUGACACCUGAGGGAGAUUCUCACAAUUCUAUUCCAUCUUCUAUCCUCUCCUCCUUCCCUAGUGCAGCACAUAUAAGAACCUGGAAGGAGAGGGGCCUAAAACCAGAACAUCAGCAAUGUGCUAAGUGAGAAAACUAAUUGAGGAAAUAUCCUAGUGGAAUGCAAGGUAACACAAUACAUUAUCAUUGGAAUGGAAGUGAAUAAAUCAAAUAAAUGAAAGAAAGAGAG